AUGAAGCCCCUCAAGCUUGAUACAGACUGUACCAAUCAGUCGAGUGAAGUAUUUAUGACUGAAGUCUCGCCAUUGCCAAUUCCUCCCAAUUACAAUGAAAAUCAACCUUCAACGUCUUUCUCGAUCCACCGUGAUGUGAAUAUGGUGUCGCCUGGAGCUGCCACAAAUAUUGUCGCUACUACUUGUGUUAAUGUUCAACCACUGGAUACUGGUAGGGGUUUUUAUCAGUCUUUCCACUAAAGAAUGUUACAGCUGCACGGUGCAGUCCCCGAGAAAAUCGCGCCCUUUUUAUUCCGCUGCACAGUGCAGAUUUCCCGCGCGAUCACCCGAUACAGCCAACGAUGUGAGGAAAGAUUGCACAGUGCAAUCCCUUCAGUGCCGCACCGGUCGGUUGUCGCAGGAUUCAAUGACUUGCAACAGUCAAAAAAACGUGUCGCAAUCCUUCCAUUGAACACAGUUGUAGCUUGAGCGUUGCGACAACCGCGACACACUGUCGCAUCGCCAUUCGAAGCGCGACACGACAGUUUGUCGCAAAGCUUUGCACUUGCGACAUUGCGACUUCCAUUGUGAUGUCGCCGGGUGCAAGCGACUGUCGCAGACCUUGUCGCUUGUCGCCUAAUUCUCGGCGCGACAGCGAUUUCUUCAAACUGCACUGUGCAGUUUUGUAACAUUCUUUUCCGGAAAGACUGAUAUUAUUUUUUUAGUUUUUAGGUAACAAAAUGGCAAUAUUGAAGUAAGUAUCGUUGAAAUGACAGAGCAGGGUAGGAUAAGGUUAGUAAAGUAGAGUAAAGUAGUAGUAGCGUAUUUUACAAACUAAAGUAAUGUCUAUAGAGAGUUAUAGAUUAGUAAAGUUUGAAAAUCAAUACUGUAUAGACGAAGUGUAUAUAUCUUUCCUUCUAGUAAGACAGGGAAGGAAAAAAGUUAAAAAUCAAUACUAUGUAAGCGCAAUGUAAACUUUUAUUUGUAAGGUAGAGCUGGAUAGGGUAGGGUAGGGUAGGGUAGGAAUAGGGUAGGGUAGGGUAGGGUAGGGUAGGGUAGGGUAGGGUAGGGUAGGCUAAGGUAAGGUAAGGCAGGGUAGGUUACAGUAGGGUAAGGUAAAGUAAUGUAAAAUCAAAAAAUCUUUUAAAAAUUGUUGAAAAUGACUCCAAAAUUACAUUUUUCUAAAUUUAGCCACCCUUUACCAAUCUCAACUAAACUACCAAGCUCAAAUGGCUCAAAACCUUUCAAUACCCGCCCAGCCAAAUCUUCUUUCAAACCUGACCAACUUUCCAAACCAAACUGUACCAAACACGGCCGACUCUCCUCUAUGGGACCAGUGGAUGUGCAUGCUAGCUAAAAAUCUAACUCUGCCACAAUGGCACGCCUAUUGGCAUGCUUAUGUAGCUCUGUUUGGUGUUAACGCAUUACCUACAAAGCUGAGCUUCUUCAAUGACUUUUUGUGGAUGGACAGUCUGCAAAUCAAUCAGAAUCUGUUUGGAAACAUUGUUGAGAUCCAGAGGUUUUGUGAGUUUUGA